AUGGGGAAACCCCGUGAGGCCAGCAAGCAAAGGGACGUCCUCGCCGCCUGCUCUGGUGACUUGGAAAAAGGUAGGAAGAUACUUGAAUCGAGAAUUCGAAAAGCCGUGAAGUGUGUUGUUUCUUGUGACCUUUUAUCUAAUGAGAUUCUGAAGACGGAGGAAUUAAUUUCUCCAGAAGUUCAACCGCCUUAUGAUCUAAUUAUAGCUAUGUUGACACUAGAACCUGCGUGUCCAGAUUCUGACCACUUCCUUGCAGCUCUCAAGGGAAUCAGUAAACUGCUUAGAAAAGGAGGAGGAUUGAUAGCUGCAGGAUUCGAGAAUGGAGGAAGGUGGAAAAUAGGCGACAAAUGA